AACUCUAUCAACUAGGUUAUUGAUAAUAUAACUCUGAACAGUGUCGGUCGCUCUGUACAACUCGUAGAAAUUAUUUAUUAUUUUCAUUAUUAUAUUUCAUUCGUAAUGGCAAAAGUAAGAAUAUCCGAUGGCAUUUUGGAAGGAGAAAAAGUAAGUAAUCAAUAUGGAGGAACAUAUUACAGUUUCAAGGGAAUCCCGUAUGCAAAACCUCCGCUUGGAGAUCUGAGAUUUCAGGCUCCACAACCAGUUGAACCUUGGGAUGGUAUUCGAAAUGCAAGUAAAUUGGGAUCAGAGUCGUACCAAAUCGAUGUUUUUUUCACUAAAGCUAUCUUAGGACAAGAAGACUGUCUGUAUUUAAAUGUCUAUACACCUGAUCUAGGUCCUAAAGAAGCAUUUCCAGUCAUGGUGUGGAUACACGGUGGAGGCUAUAUAAGCGGCUAUGGCAACGAUAGCUUAUAUGGACCUGAAUUCCUAGUUAAAAAAGAUGUAAUUCUCGUAACUUUAAAUUACAGGGUCGGAAUCCUUGGUUUCCUUUCCCUAGAAACCGAAGAUAUACCAGGAAACGCAGGUGCGAAGGAUCAAGUGGCAGCGUUGAAAUGGGUACAAAAAAAUAUUAAAAGUUUUGGUGGAGAUCCGACCAAUGUUACUAUAUUCGGUGAAAGUGCUGGAGGUUCGUGCGUUUCAUUUCAUCUUGUAUCGCCAAUGAGUGCAGGUCUCUUCAAACGCGCUAUUAUCCAGAGUGGAGCCCUCACUUGUAGAUGGGCAAAGUGUCUAAGACCACGGGACCGAGCAUUAAUCUUAGCUAAAAAAUUAGGUUGCUACACAGAAGAUGAUAAAGAACUUGCUAUUUUUUUUAAAUCUCAACCCAUGGAAUCAUAUCUCGAUCCCAAAUUGGCGAUAACAAUAACUGAAAAUUUUAGAGCUAAUUGUGAACUAUUUGUCGGCAUUGUUAAUGAAAAACAGUUUGGUAACAGUGAAAGAUUCUUCUAUGAUGAUCUAAAACUAAAUAUCUUAAAUGGUGUUGAAGUUAUUAUUGGUUAUUGUGAAAACGAAGGAGUUUUGGGCUUAAUGCCCGGUAUAGAAACCAUAAUGAAUCAAGCAAACAUUUACCCAGAAUAUUUUGUACCUAACCCUAUAGCUUACAAAACCACGAUAUCAGAACAGAUAGAUAUCGGAAAAUUAAUCAAAAAAUAUUAUUUCGGUGAAGAAAUAAUUUCAGAGAAAAAUGUGGAUAAAUUAGUUAAAUUUUUUACGGCUGAUCUAUUUAUGUAUAGUAUAGUUGUAUUAAGUCGAAUGAUCGCAGCACGUAACAAAAAUAAAGUAUAUCUAUAUAAAUUCAAUUGCAUAUCUAAAAGAAACGUAUUUACAAAAAUAUUCGAUGCUGACAGUGUUUUAGGAGAUAAAACAUAUGUAUCCCACGUAGAUGAUCUUGUAUAUAUUUUUCCUAUGAAAGUAUUACUACAACAAGAUGUAGAGAAAAAUUCAAAAGAAUAUCAAACGAUAGAAACAGUAACACAAUUAUGGACAAACUUCGCAAAAUUUGGGUGUCCUACGCCUGACGGCAGUAUGGGCGUCCAAUGGUUGCCUUUCACGAAGGAAAAGCAGAAUUUUGUAAUCAUAGGUGACACGAUUGUUGCAGACUGUAAUCCAGAAGAAGAGGAAGUCAGGUUUUGGGAUAAAAUUUACGCUGCUCAUUUUCCUGAUUAUAAUAUGGCGAGGAUUGAAGUAUCAGAAGGUUGGCUUGAAGGUCUUAUAGAGACCAAUAGGUACGGCGGAAAGUUGUACAGUUUUAAGGGAAUCCCUUAUGCAGAACCACCAUUAGAGGAUCUCAGGUUCAAGGCACCUCAACCAAAGAAACCGUGGAAAGGAGUUCGCUUGGCCAAAGAACAUGGCCCAAUCUCGUAUCAAUUUGAUAUGUACAUUACUAAGAAAAAUGAAGGCAACGAAGACUGCUUGUACCUCAAUGUAUACACACCAGAACUAAAGCCGGUCAACCCCUUACCGGUGAUGUUCUUUAUACACGGGGGUGGCUACACGAGCGGAAGCGGAAAUGACGACAUAUACGGUCCUGAAUUUCUCGUCAAACAUAAUGUUAUCCUCGUAACUUUUAAUUAUAGACUAGGUGUUCUUGGCUUUCUGUGCCUUCACACUAAAGAAAUACCUGGGAAUGCUGGAAUGAAGGAUCAAGUAGCAGCUCUACGGUGGGUUCGUAGCAACAUCAGUAAGUUCGGCGGAGACCCAGCAAAUGUUACUAUUUUUGGAGAAAGCGCUGGUGGUGGAAGUGUUUCAUACCAUUGUCUUUCGAAAAUGAGUAAAGGCCUUUUCAAGAGAGCUAUAAUCCAAAGUGGUUGUGCAACCAGUUGGUUGCCAAAUGUAUUAUUUCCUCAAGAAAGAGCUUUUGCUCUUGCCAGGGAAUUGGGUUGUAACUCUAGUGAUGAAACAGAAGUUUAUAACUUUUUUAAAUCAAUAUCAGUUGAACAUCUUAUUAACAAGGAUACGAAAUUGACAUUAGUUGAAAGUACUAAGCAAUACGUCACUUCGUCAUUUGGUGUUGUAAAAGAGAAAGAAUUUAUCGGUGUAGAGAGAUUCUUUUUCGAAGAUGUUUACGAUGCCAUUCGAAACGGCGUACAUGAGGGUAUUGAUGUAAUGAAUGGUUAUACAGAAGAUGAAGGAAUUAUAUUCUUAGCAGGAGGACGAGAUCUAAGUGAACUUUUUAUACAAGCGAAUAACCAUCUAGACUAUUUUGUGCCGAAACCGAUUGAAACUAACUGCCCUACAAGUUUACAAUUAGAAGUAGGAAGAAGAAUGAGAAAUUAUUAUUUUCAAAAUAAAGAAAUAUCCAAUGAAACACUGGAUAGCUUCCUAAAAUUUGUCAGCGCGGAUAUAUUCAUUUAUCCUGCUAUGUUAUUUCAGAAAACGAUCGCUAAAUUGAAUAAGAAUAAAUUGUAUCUUUACAAAUUCACUUGUAAGUCGAAAAGGAAUAUAUUUACGCGUCUGAUAGGAGUGUCAGAUAAGUUUCCCGAGGGUAAAGUAGUCUGUCACGGUGAUGACUUACUAUAUGUGUUCCCUUUUAAAGCGGUCGAAAAAGACGUCGAUGUGAAUUCAGAAGCAUUCGAAUUGAUCGACAAAAUCACAAGAUUGUGGACAAAUUUUGCGAAAAAUGGGGAUCCAACACCUGAUGGGUCAUUGGGUGAAAAAUGGUUGCCGUAUACACUAGAAGACGAAAACUACAUGGACAUAGGACAAGAACUCAAAGGUAGCCAAUCACCUGACGCAGAGGAAGUGGGGUUUUGGAAUAAUGUAUACAAGAAAUUCUAUCCACACAUGUCAAUACAAUAAAAUGGAGUACAUGGAUUA